AUGGCGAGACGUAUAACCCGAGCAAACCCAAGCAAUCCUGCCAAUGAACCACAAGACCCCAAUCAAACCAUUAAUAACCUCUCGAAUUUAAUCCGAGAACAAGCCCAAAACCACCAACGUCAAAUUGAACAACUUCUCCAACGUAACCAAACCCCGCCUCAAAAUAAUGCGCCUCAAGCUAUAUACGAACGAUUCCUCCGAAUGAACCCGUCCGAAUUCCAUGGUGGAACCGAUCCCACCAUAGCCGAAGAGUGGAUCAAAUCUCUCGAAGUCAUCUACGACUACAUGCAAAUGACCGACCGCGACCGCGUGCACUGUGCCAUAUUCCUACUCCGAAACGAAGCUCGUCACUGGUGGGAAGGAAUCAAAGAAGGAACGAACCUCGAAACGCUGCCAUGGACCGAUUUCAAAGUUCAAUUUUUCGAAAAAUAUUUCUCGAAAGACGUGCGAGCCCACAAACUCAAAGAAUUUCUCGAACUCCGCCAAGGCGACUUACCAAUGAUCGAGUACAUCUGCCGUUUCGAACGUGGCUGCCUCUACGCCCCAUUCAUCGCUCGAGACGCCGAAGAAAAGAAGAACCAUUUCAUUCGUGGCCUCCAACCCGAAAUCCGCCGAGACAUUCGUAUGUCCGACGCCUCAACUUUCCGCCAACUUGUAGACAAAGCACUCAUGGCUGCCCAAGACGAGGGAGAAAUUCAAAACAAACGCCGAACGACUCCAAACUUCCAACGUCCGUGGAAAAAGAACAACUUUGGCAACCGCCCAUUCCGAGGAAAAGGAACGCAGCCCAUUCGCCAAUCAACCGGACCACCGCCACCGCCGCCAAGGCCAACCUGCCCAAAGUGUGGAAAGAGUCACUCCGGAGAAUGCAUACACGGAACAAGGAAUUGCUUUCGAUGCCACCAGCCCGGACACAUGGUCAAAGAUUGCCCGAAACCUCCACCGAACGUCCCCGGUCGAGUGUUCGCCAUGACUCAAGAACAGAUCGAGCAAGACCCGUCUAUGAUAGCAGGUACCAUAUUUAUCCUCGAAGAACCCAUUUACGCUCUUAUCGAUUCCGGCUCUACUCAUUCCUUUAUAUCGAAAGACAUAAUUGCGCACUAA